AUUUUAGAAAUAGGCGGGGUUUAGCCAUAAUUAAGACUUUGUGGCUUUUGUAGGCUAUCUAGUACCGACCGCUAUUUCAGACCCGUCAGCGGUUGAACUCUGACGGCACAUGAUAAAGACCGGAGAGGGAUACCAGGGCAGGAGAGGGAUAUGUUCGUCUGGUCUGCCGAUGUUCUGCUGAAAAUUAUCACUGAGAGCCAGGUGUGAGAGGUCAUUGCCAUGGGGAAGGACUACUAUAAGAUGCUGGGUAUUCCUAAGGGUUCUAACGAGGAGGAGAUCAAGAAGGCAUAUCGCCGCAUGGCGCUGAGGUUCCACCCAGACAAGAACACAGACGCUAAUGCAGAGGAUAAGUUUAAAGAGAUUGCUGAGGCCUACGAAGUUCUGAGUGACCCCAAGAAGAGGGUCAUCUACGACCAGCUAGGAGAGGAGGGUCUGAAGGCGGGGGGCAGUAGUGGUCAGUCUGGGGUUCCUGCUGGGUCAUACCACUACACCUUCCAUGGAGACCCCCAUGCCACCUUCGCAUCCUUCUUUGGCGGCUCCAACCCCUUCGACAUGUUCUUCGGACCGCACCGCAACCACCAUAACCGCUCCAACGGCUUCCACUCCAAGGUCCACAACCACCACAAUGACCAUGACAUGGAAACUGACUUGGAUGAGGAGGACCCCUUCGCCUCUUUCACACACUUCGGCUUCCCCGGGGGGGUCAACAGCUUCCCUGGCCAUGGCAGGGGCAGGAGGAGGGGAGUGCAGUCGGAACGUCUGGCUGGGUCCAGGAGGCAGCAGGACCCCCCGGUGGUCCAUGAGCUGAAGGUGUCUCUGGAGGAGAUCUUCCAUGGUUGCACCAAGCGGAUGAAGAUCACCAGGAGGAGGCUGAACCCUGAUGGCAGGAGCAGCCAGACGGAGGACAAGAUCCUGAACAUCGUGAUAAAGAGGGGAUGGAAGGAGGGUACCAAGAUCACCUUCCCUAAGGAGGGGGACGAGACACCAGAGAACAUUCCAGCAGACAUCGCCUUUGUGCUCAAAGACAAAGAACAUGCCCACUUUAGGAGGGACAGCUCCAAUAUCAUCUACACCUGCAAUAUCAGUCUGAAGGAGGCGCUGUGUGGCUGUACGGUGAACAUUCCCACCCUAGAUAACCGUGUCCUCCCGCUACCCUGCCAUGAUGUCAUAAAGCCGGGGACGGUAAAGAGGCUGAGAGGGGAGGGCCUGCCCCUCCCUAAGAGCCCCACCCAGCGCGGCGACCUCAUAGUGGAGUUCACGGUUCGCUUCCCAGACAGGAUCCCUCCCCAGUCCAGAGAGAUCAUCAGACAACACCUGCCACAGUCUUAGGACAAGGCCCCACCCCCUUGCCCACGGACUAUUAUUAUAAUUAUAUAUUAUAAUUAUAUUUUUAAGGGAAAUUUUUAUUUUUCUAGGAAUGACUGAAGUGCCAAGAGGAACUGCAGUUUGUUGUUUAUGUUAAUUAUUUUAUCUUUCUCCCCAAGCACACGGACAUGGCAUGGAGGAACGGCUCAGCUCGGUGCAGCUUUGGCUUCUACCAGAACUUUUCUUAAUGCUCUUUUUUCCCUGCAGAUUUAUCAAGGGUUUUAUACAUCCCCCUGCCUUUCCUCUUCUUAUGGAUGGGAUGACAGUAACACUUUAUUUGAAAAAGAGAAGAUUGUCCAGAGGAAAGUUGAAAAUUUUGUUUAUCUACACCCAACCAGCAGCUUCAGUCUGUGCUCCCCUAUUUUACCCCAAUAAGCGGUUUCAAAUGUUUAAUAAAACAUGUGAACUGUGUAGGUUAUCUGCUGGACAAGGCCACUGCUACGACAGCAGCUACUACCCCCACCUCCUCCCAGUGCCUAACCAUUAACAUAGUUUGGCAAGCAUGUCUUCAGAUUUGGAUUUAACAUGGUGUACAGUUUCUUGUAUCUAUGUCUGGUCCAGACUAUCUGACUGGCUGAGACCCCCAGCAGCUCAGGUGUGUGUAAUCCACUAUGGGUCAUCAUAUUGGUACUUCAGGAGGUUCAUCCAGCCAUCUCAUCUAUAGGUGCUUUGCUCCCUGUGGUGUCUGUCUCAGAGGGAAUGACGGAGUCUUUAAUACCUGCCUUUAAGCUCUCCACGACUCACUGAGGGACUGGUAAGUGCCUUAACCUGAAGACAUACGACUCCCCCAUUCCUACAGAAACCCUAUGGACCGGUCAAGUACCAGGGAUGCACACAAUGUGAAUAACUAUUAAUGGCUGCUAGUGUCCACAGGAUGAACACAGAGAAUAUAGUCAUUUCUAUGAACCUUUAUAAUGGUUUUUGUAAAUGACUGUUCUGCUGUGGAUGUUGUCUGUGGGUUGUAUACUGUAUGCAGUGCUUAAUAAUGGCAUGGAGUGAAAUAUAAUCUGGUACUUGUUUUGGAUGCCAGUACUGUUUAUAUUUAGGAGCAGAAAUGCCGCAAUAUUUUUAAGGUGAUAUUCUAAGAGGUGCUGCUACUCAAGCAGUAAAAAAAUGGAGGUACUGGUACUCAGUACCAGUGUGUUCCAGCGCAAGUCAAGCACUGACUGUUUGCGUGCUGCAGUGAUCAUCUGUACUGCGCUGAGGGACCUAUCAGUCUGGCACUGGUAACAUCUAUUCAGGACUAUCAAAUGGAGACCCCGUCCACUUUUUGCCAGCUGUGAUAUGUGUUCUAUUGAAGGAAUCUGUCAGGACAGGUUGAUACUGUAGUGGUUGUUCUCUGCCUAUAGGUAAUGCCAAAAGAUACAGAACAGACAGAUUGGCAAAGGAAUUUUAUCUUGAUCUGAGAAGAUGUAGUGCUUGGGCUAAAGUAGGAAGUGAGAAUGUGGUUUUUCCAAAGUUUCUCAUGUAAAUUGAAUUUUAUAAUGACAACCAAUAAACCAAAUAUUGAGCAGUG